AUACAUUGAGAGAGAAAGGCAGCGGGAGACGGCCGCCGAGAUUCCCCCAUCUCUUUGAAUAUAAUUUUAGAUUGAGAUUCAGAUUAAAUCCGAGGGGAAAACACUUUAUGAGGCUGAAAGCUGUGUCGUUGCCAGAGCCCGGGUUAUGAGCUAUCAAAUGCAAUUACAUUAAGACAGAUUAUACUGGGCAAAUUGAGCCAUUUAGAAGGUGAGAAUCAAAGAAACGGCUCUGAUCCUCUCUUCCCCUUCUCUCUCCCUCGCCCUCUCUCUCUCUCUAAAUUGCAGUUCGUAGUUCCUUCAAUUCUGAGGCACAAAAGUAGGUGAGACUGCUUUUGUAUCUGCGAAGUGCUCCACUCCUGAAUGUAAUUCUAGCUGAGUGCAAUCUAGGUUAAGAGCCGGACAAGCGGGUAAUUAGAGCCCGCUCGCUGCCCGAGGAUCGGCCGCCCCGCCGACGCGCGCCCCGAGUCGGUGCCCUUCUCCCGGCCGAGCCGAGCUGCGGCUGGACACGGAGCGCCGGAGAUGAUGGUGCUGGACAAGGAGGACGGCGUGCCGAUGCUGUCCGUCCAGCCCAAAGGGAAGCAGAAGGGCUGUGCCGGCUGCAACCGCAAGAUCAAGGACCGCUACCUGUUGAAGGCUCUGGACAAGUACUGGCACGAGGACUGCCUCAAGUGCGCCUGCUGCGACUGCCGCCUGGGCGAGGUGGGCUCCACCCUCUACACCAAGGCCAACCUCAUCCUGUGCCGCAGAGACUACCUGAGGCUCUUUGGCACCACAGGAAACUGCGCUGCCUGCAGCAAGCUGAUCCCAGCCUUCGAGAUGGUGAUGCGGGCCCGGGACAAUGUGUAUCACCUUGACUGCUUCGCCUGCCAGCUCUGCAACCAGAGGUUUUGUGUGGGAGACAAAUUCUUCCUGAAGAACAACAUGAUCUUGUGUCAGAUGGACUAUGAGGAGGGGCAGCUCAACGGCACCUUUGACGCACAGGUUCAGUAGUGCCCGGCGCCUGGCCCCCGCCCGCCUGCCCACCCGCCUGGCUGGCCGCCACGCUCCCACCGAGUAGAACUCCGUCGGUCGGCCCUCCCUCCGCCUCUGCCCGUCUGUGUGUGACCCCUCCUGGGGCCAGGCUGGGCCUGUACAGUCUGUCUUCUGUAUAUAAAUGGGAACAUUUAUUUUAUGAGAAAUGUAAUGCGAUUUUAUUACUGGCGUGGAUUAAACUUAUGAAUGUUUCCGGGGAGGUUA